AUGUCUGACAGGCCCAUGGGUCCACUGUCUGAGGUUGAACUAGCAACGAAAGACGAAUCUACGCCACCCGGUUCGGUCGUCAUCGAAGUUGUAGCUGCGCCACCAGCGAUUAACAUCCCGGAUGGCGGUCUUCAGGCAUGGCUCUCUGUCCUCGGAGGGUUCCUGAUUUGCACAACCACCUUCGGCUACUCCAACUCGUUCGGGGUGUUUCAGGACUACUAUGUUCUCUCAGGCGCAUCGUCUGCGUCGAACAUCAGCUGGAUUGGGUCUUUACAGCUGUUCUUCAUGUUCGUCGUGGGCCUUCCUGCGGGCAAACUCUUCGAUCAAGGUUACUUCCAUUAUGUCGUAGGCUCCGGCAGCAUUCUCUACGUAUUCUGUCUCUUUUCCGAGGAUUACGUACUCAUAAUUCGAGAACUUGGCAGCAUGUUCAUGCUCUCACUCGCGAAUCCGCACAAAUACUAUCAACUCGUGCUCUCCCAGGGCAUUGGCAUGGGCAUCGGGAGCGGCUUGAUGCUUGUCCCGGCUAUGUCUGUGCAAACGCAUCACUGGCGCGUGCGCCGCUCGCUCGCAAUGGGCAUUGUCAUGACCGGCUCUGGCGUCGGCGGUCUAAUCUACCCUAUCAUGCUGAACAAGCUUGUGAAUGGCAGUGCUGGUUUCGCGUGGGGAGUACGUGCGACCGCGUUCCUUACUCUCGGCCUGCUCGCCAUAGCAAAUGCGGUAAUGACGACUCGCUUACCGAGCGCUAGGAAGCGUGGACCAGGGCCCAAACCUGACAUGAAAGCAAUUAUGACGGACGGGCCGUACUGGUUAUUUGCGUUCGGGUUGUUUCUCGUACUUUGGGGGAUGUUCUUCCCGUAUUUCUACCUCCAGCUAUGGGUGAACCUGCACAGGCUCUCGGGGACGCUGGCGUUCUAUACCAUCGCCAUUCUCAAUGCUGCCUCGAUCUUCGGGCGCACCCUUCCGAACAUGCUUGCAGACCGCGUCGGCCCGUUCAACGUUCUCGCGCCUGUGGCAGUCAUCACAAGCGCGCUCGUACUCGCCAUGUUCGGCGUCACAUCCACCGGGGCUGUCAUCGUGUUCUCGAUUCUGUAUGGGUUCUUCUCGGGAGCAAUGAUCUCACUUAUGCCUCCGGCGGCGGCGACGCUUGCCAAGGGUCUGCAUGAGAUCGGGAUCCGUCUUGGACUCGGGUAUUUUGUAACGUCGUUUGCCAUGUUGACUGGGACACCCAUCGCUGGCGCGCUCUUCGACGAGGGCGGCCGGUGGUACAAGCCAAUCGUGUUCAAUUCGGCUUUCCCAUACCUGUGCCGCUUCUGCCACCUACUGAGGGUGCCUCGGCGCAUGCGAAAUUGGCACAUAAACCAGCGGGAUCACAUAUGUCAUCUUGACAUGCGUACUCACGCCCCUGGCCCGCGAACCGCGGGGGACUUAUGCUCGUACUGCGCGUAUUGCGAGCGUGAUACUCCACAUAGACCAGAGAUCGCAUCGGAAAUUGCUGUUAGGAUGUUUUCGAACAAAUCGCCUCCUAUCGCCAUUGUUGGAAUUGCUGCAGAACUCCCGAGUGGUGACUGGAGCGAGUCGAACUUGGACUACAACUCGUUUUAUGACUUCCUAUUGCAAGGCGGAGAGGCGUACGAGAAGAUGCCUGCAGACCGCUUCAACAUGCACACUCUCAAGGGAACCGCUUCCGGCCAGGUGGGCGCCGAUACAGGCGCAUUCCUCAAGGACAUAGGCCUCUUCGAUCCGAUCGAGUUCGGUAUCACGAGCAAGGAUGCCAGGCUGAUGAGCCUGGGCACAAGAAAGCUCAUAGAAACGACGUUCCUAGCCUUACUUGACUCGAGUAUCGACUACAGAGGUCGGGAUGUCGGCUGCUACAUGUCUGCUGUGGCUCAUGACAUGUUUUCCGUAUCCGGACAUCUCAACCUUAUAUGCCACCCACUCGGGGUUCAAGCGUUACGGAAUGGCGAGUGCGAAGCGGCAGUUGUGGGCGCUGUCAGCUCAACCACAGUCAGCAUGCACAGGGACAUUCUUCUCGAAUCUGACAGGACAUUUGACCUGUAUUGCGUAGAUUCGGGCGAGGUGAGGCCUCUCGACGCGGCGCUCCGUGAUCGAGACAGGAUUUAUGCUACAAUUCUCGGAACCGCAUCAAUUCUUCCGGCUCGCUGGCCCCGUGAAUGCACCAGUCGCAUUGGCGCAGAAAAUGCUAUGUUACGUGCGUUCGCUCAGGCGCAGCGGUCUCCGCGAGAAAUAGACUUUGUCGAGCUACACGCAACAGGUACUGCAUCUGGGGACCCCACGGAGGCGAACUGGGUCGGUGUACAGUUUGGGAGAGAUGAUGAGCUGCUUGUUGGCAGCGUAAAGGGCAAUAUUGGCCACACGGAGAUCACUGCAUUCCUAUCGUCUCUAUGCAAGUGGACGGAGCAUAACAUGCGCGUUCCUGUAACUCCGGAGAAGCUUAGCAUCCGCUCUCCUUCUGGCCGUGCGCUCAUCGCGAUGUCGAGCUCCGGUAUUGGCGGCGCCAACGGCCACUGCGUUAUUGAAGCUCACGCGCCCGACGUUGAUGGCACUCCGCAGUUGUGGGCGUAUCAGAGUUCGGUGAUCCCGUCGCUCUUGAUCAUAGGCGGCCUAUCACCACGGUCCGCUUCUGCUGUCGGCGAAUCACUCAAGGCCCUCACGGCGGAGCAGGACCACAAGGACAUGGACCGUGCACUCGGUCGGCGAGCGCGGUCAAUGCUCUGGAAAGCGUAUGCUGUUACUCCAGACGGACAAACCCCUCGCUUCUCGGAGCCGGCUCUCACCCCUAAAACAGCACCGGAGAUCGUGUUUGUGUUCCCUGGCAGGGCCCCAACACUGGAACAGACAUGCGUUCCAUUCCAUGAUACUGUGGUGGAGCUCGACGCAGUCUACGCAAGCGUGACUGGCAAGUCGCUUAUCGCAGACGUGGGCCUCUUCGGCGAAUCCGAUGUACCUGACACCUUGGGAGACGUCUGGCCAAUCUCCAUUACCUUACCUGCGCUAACGAUCCUGCAAAUUGCGCUCAUGGAAGCUCUAGCUUUCAUCGGCGUCAAGCCGGAUGUAGUGAUCGGACACUCUGCAGGCGAGACGGCCGUCGUGUAUGCGUCGGGUGCGGCAUUCAAGGCAAUGGCAGUCGAGCUCUCAAUUGCAAGGGGCCGAGCGAUGGAGGCACUGGAGGGACACGAUGGAGCUAUGGCAGCUGUAGCAUGCUCUGCAGCGCUGGCUGAGGAAACCAUCGUUGACGUCGUCGCGGAGCUGGGACCCGCUGCCCUGGAGGUUGGCUGUUACAACGCUCCGAACGCCAUCACACUGUCCGGUUCUGCAAAGCACAUCGCGUCUGCAGUGGCGCGGGCAAAGGCGGCUGGUAUUCUGGCGACCCAGCUACGAACGCGGAUACCCGUACACUCGUCAAUGAUGGCUAUCUGCCAGGCAGAUUACGAGGAGCGGGUUGGGGAGGUGUUCAAGAAGUACGCAGUCGUACCGACGAAAGUGGAGACGUUCUCGUCUCUUACUGGCGGCAUAUUGAACACGCCCUACGACGCCCGCUACUUCUGGGAUAAUACGCUUGGGCCGGUAAUGUUCGAGCCCGCUAUAAACGCCAUUCACACUAGGCACCCGCAGUCGAUUUUCGUGGAGCUGGGCCCCCAUCCCGUCCUGUCGGGGUAUAUCACCGCGAUCUCGGGGCACGGUACGACAGUACUGAGCCCGAUGAAACGAUCCAGGACUGCAGGCGUCGGCGAGCCGAUGCAGCUCUUGGACUGUGUCGGGCGACUAGUCUGCGCGGGCUACUCGCGAGUGAAUAUGGAUGUGCUGUUUGGUAUGGCAGAGAACGCAAGUGCAAACAUACCUCCAUAUCCAUUCGCGCGGAAGGAGACAGAUGCGUCAUGGCCCAUUGAACUACCCUCAACUGCGAAUCAACACACAGACGCAUCCUGGCUAGCGGACCACAUCAUACAGAAUGAACCUAUCAUGCCCGCAGCGGGAUUCCUGGAAAUGGCACUCGAAUUUGGCGCGAAGAAGCUCUGGAACAUACAAUUCCACUCGGUCCUGUCGCUUUCGUCCGAACGUCCGACGCCCAUUGACGUGAGACUUGAAGAUUCGCAGUGGAGCGUCCACAGUGCACCUGCGGCAGAUUUGUCAAUACGUGGCCACCGACAGAAGUUCACAUUUCUCGGUAGUACGAUCGUGUACAUGCGACAGGCUAUCUCUCGAUGGAAGCGAACUCGAUGGAGAUGCGUCUCCAGUGGCCAUCAACGACAUACGUGCACGCCUGAAGAUGAUGGAGACGAAGAGUUUUAUGAUAAUCUUCGUUCAUUGCCAACUACGGGACCACAUGCUGCGCUGCAGGUUGCAGUGCAUCCGUUGAUUACUGGGGCCGUCGCUCACGGUCACUACUAUCUGCCAUCAAAGUUGGGGACGCUAGUUAUCCAUGACGCGCUUGCUCAAGGGAUGCCUGAGAAGAUCUACGCUCAUGCAGUCUUGUCAAAUGGAUGCCUGCUCAUGAACGAACGCGGCCAGACGCUAUGCACCAUAGAUGCCCUCGAGGUAGCAGCUCACGGGCGAACACCAUUGAUAGUCCAACAUCGAUAUGAUAUGGCCCAUCGCCAACUCGAUAUACAUCUCUCCAUUUCUUCAGAGUCGGGCGACAACGGGUCAAAUAUGAAGACGACCAUGAUCGUCGACGGAGAGUCCCUCUGCUUCAUCGCAUCCAAAGGUGUUCUGCGUCAUUUCCCCGCGACAUGGCCUCUUGGAGAAUACGAGGAGACAGCACAGUCUCUCUGUGCUCAUCCGCUGGCAGAGGAAGAAAUGUCGGUACAUGAGGAUGGCUCAGUGCGUGCUCCCAUGGUCGUAUCAUCGCCCGCGCCGAGGAAACUCGUGUCUUUUGACCCCGGAGCGCUAUGGACGUAUCAGCACUCUACCCUCUCGCAGGUUUCUCACCCGAUGGUACCUCCAGGCCAUGUUCUGAUUCAGCGACCCCUCGCGUCUGGAGGGCGAAUGCAUCUCGUAACGCACUCGGACACAGGCUCGGGCGCGUUCUGUGCCAGCUAUACGAGAGCCGCGGACUGCACGUGUACGCUUGCCGUCGCAGGCCGGCAUCUCGGAGACCAGGAGCGCACUAUCUCGGCAGCCGAAUACAUGGUUUCGGGGAGAGAGGAGCGAAUGCCAGCGACAUCGACAGGACGGUGCACCGGCUGCAACCAGCAAGCACUGGGGUCGGAGAAUUCUGGCCGAGGACCCGUGGGCUAUAGGGAUGCGUUGAAGCUCGCGUUGUCGAACCCUACUAGCUUCACAGAAGUCUUCACUCCUCCCAUCGAUGCGCUGGACAUAGUACGACCAACAGACGUAUGCUUUGUGGACACCAUCUUCGCUCCUGACAAGAACGGGGCGCGUGAGAUCGUCCUCACCUCCCGCUCAGGGACGGCCAAACUCGCGACUAAAGACGAGUUCAUCGCUUUGAGGCUUCUCGCUUACCUGCGAUCACGAGAUGACUUGGUGCUACGUACGGAGGCCAUCGACGCAUCAUCGGUCGAGGAAACAAGGGAGCUGGUGGCGUCGAGCCAGAAACCGUUUGGCGGGUGCAUGAUCAUGACAACCAACCUGAUCGACCGUACAUUCGCCACGCAAACGUCGGAUACAUUCGAAGCCUCUUUCACCGCCAAGCUGGGUGCCUUCCAUGCUUUGGAGAAGGUCAUCGAUAUUCAUUCGCUGGACUUCGUGCUCGCCUUCUCGUCUGUCGCGGGGCUGUUGGGAAAUGCUGGGCAGACCAAUUACGCUAGCGCAAAUACUGCUUUGACAGGGUUGACGAAGCGAUACAAGAACGCUGCGACCAUCGUUCCACCAAUGAUAAAUGAUACCGGGGGGUCCCUCACCCUGGCCGCUACCGACACACUCUGCGAGUGCAUCGGCGACGCAUUGUUGAAGCUUCGUGAAGGACCUGUCUGGCAAUACAUCCCAGAUUGCGACUGGAGCCUCGUCCAGAGCAAAAAUGGGUCUUCCCCCCUGUACGACCACCUCGUGGUGAAAGAAUCCCUGUCAGACACCGACCAUAACUCUGAAGACUUGGAGCGCGAGCUGGGCGACAUUAUUUGCGAUGUGCUGGACAUAGACCACGAAGACUUGUCUCCUGACGUGCCUCUCACGUCUUACGGCUUAGACUCCCUAUCAGCGAUGGCCCUGUCCCAUGCUCUGGAACCAUACCUAGCCGUCUCGCAGCUUCAGCUUCUGGCCGACGUCACGCUUGCCGAUCUCGAGCAGCUCCGCGAAGAAUCACUGAGCGCAACUACUCCCGACCCCGAGUCUGCAGGCGUCAUGGCCGAGAUGGGCGAUUGCUGA